CCCCCUCGCCCAGCCCAACAUGGAGGACACGAUGGAACGCGUGGCGGCGCACUGCUCGCAGCAGCUCGACACGUACCAGCGCUGCCUGCUGGCGAACCGCGAGCGCGCGCCGCAGGAGUGUGCCGCCUACAAGACGGCGCUCUCGGCCUGCGCCGCCGAGGCCGUGCCGCUGCUGUCCGCCGUCAAGGCGCGCUGCGCCGGCGCCGUGCGCGCCUACGACGAGUGCCUCGCGGCCAACCGCGGCGCCGCCGACGACGAGCUGGCGAGCGCGUGCACGCCCGUGCUCAAGCGUCUGUGGGAGUGCACCGAGGCCGUGAAGCGCGAGGAGGCGCAGAAGGAGCAGCGCGCAAAGGCCGGCAUCGACAAGUAGCCGUGCACACAUGUGGUGAGGCUGCUGCGCGGUGUGUCUGAAGCCGGGGAGGGAGGCAGAGAAGCCGCGAGGUGGGAAAGGCGAGGAGUGGCGCUGGACGAGCUUUGCAGCCCCUCUGCUUCUCACCCGCGCGCGCGCGAGUAUCGAUGCCUGACGGAGCCGUCAUGGCGUUGCCCGUCUGUUCCACGCUGUGGCGGCUCGUUAGCGCGACUCUCGGCGCGAUUGGCGCGACCGGAAGGUCGUGCUUGGCCUCUAGGCGCGGAGCAGACGAUGAGAGCGUCGCGGUGUCGCGCUUCAUUGCAGCAUGCCUGGAGGCAUGUGCUUUCGAAGCAGCUUCAUGCAUCGCUCGUGCACUGCAUGCCGUGCCUGCUUCGCGAGCCG